UUGUGUUUAUACUUACAUUUUAUGAAAUAUACCUACCUACAAAGUUGCAAAAACGUAAAUAAUUUUGUCCUGAUUUGUAUAAUUGUGCCUUGUGGGUCGAAGAGGUCGAAGAUCGUAUCUCUGUUCUCAUGUUUCAAUUAUCAAACAAACACAUUAAUUUUUAAUACCGUAUAGGGCAUAAUGUUUGGUUGUGCGCCGUGGCGCCGUGAAUAAAAAUGUCAAAUCAAGUGCCCGCGUUUGUAGCGGGCUUGAAGAACCGAAAUGUGGAUAUACAAACCAAAACAGCUCGGGAAUUGUAUCACUAUGCAAAGACCGAGCUGCGGGAGGUACCGCAAGAAGAGCUCACGCAGUUCCUCGAUGAGUUUAACCACCAAAUAUUUGAGAUGGUUUCCAGCAACGAUGUUCACGAGAAGAAAGGAGGUGUACUCGCCAUAGUGUGUCUUAUUGGAGGUGAUUGUGAUACAACAAAAACCAGAAUAACGAGGUUCGCAAACUAUUUGAGAAAUCUCCUACCAUCCUCUGACGUAGGUGUAAUGGAACUGGCUGCUAAAACAGUUGGACGUCUAGCAACUGUAUCAGGAGUAAAAAGAGCAGAAUAUGUUGAGUUUGAGGUAAAAAGAGCUUUUGAAUGGUUAUCAGAAGAGAGAAAUGAAGGUCGGAGGCAUUCUGCUGUUUUAUUGCUAAAAGAAUUAGCCAUUGCCAUGCCAACAUACUUUUAUCAACAAGUAUCUGGUUUUUUCGAUCAUAUACUAAUAGCUCUAAAAGAUCCUAAGCAACAAAUUAGAGAAGCAGCUGCAAAAGCCUUAAGAGCUGGUUUAGUUGUAACCGCCCAGCGGGAAACAGCUAAACAAUCAACGGCAAAACCUCAAUGGUAUAUGCAGUGUUAUGAAGAAGCUAUGCUAUCAUUUGAAGAGGUUCCGAUUAGGGAAAAGGGUAUUACCAAAGAGGAUAGAGUUCAUGGAGGUUUACUUAUACUAAAUGAACUUUUAAGAUGUUCAAAUGCAGUAUGGGAGAAGAAAUAUACCCAUUUAAUGCGAAGCCUAGAUACGCAGAAGGAUAUAACAGUAUCAGAUGAUAUAAUCUUCAUAAGUUCGAAGCUCCACAGUCCAUCUGUGAAGAGAGGCUACUUGUGUGAUGGCUUCAAGACUGAAAACGUUCAGUAUCCAGUUCCUAAUUAUGAAUCAGAAGUGUGUAGGAAAUUGUUAAUGGAAAAAAUUGAGAGAAUUUGUCAAGAUGUUAUGUCAUGUCAGAGGCUCCUCAAAACGCAAGGUGUACCACAAACUCUGCUCAUUAUAAUUCCAAGACUAGCAGCAUUUAAUAAAGACUUGUUCUUAAGGAAAUACUUGCAUUCCACCAUGCAUUACUUACUCAAUUCAAUAAAGAGUAGGGAAAAAGAUAGGAACAUGGCUUUCACUACAUUAGGUCUAAUGGCAGCAGCUAUAGAAGGGGAUAUAAAGAUUUAUAUUCCAAAAAUAAUGGAUGUGAUCAAACAAGCUCUACCUGUAAGGGAUACUCAAACUAAAAAAAGAAUGUGGAUUGACCCAUCCAUUUUCGCAUGCAUUACUUUACUAAGUAGUGCAGUCAAAGAUCUAGUGGUCACUGAUAUUAAAGAAUUACUUGAUGCAAUGUUUGUAACUGGUUUAAGUCCAUCUUUGACCAUAUGUUUGAAGGAAUUAUGUCAAAAUUUACCUACACUUAAGUGUGAAAUUUCCGAGGGUCUCCUAAAUAUGCUUUCGCAAGUGUUACGGAAUAAACCUUUCUUGCACCCCGGUGUGCCGCGAAGCUUAGAACAACAGAGCACUAUGAGUGUCCCCAUAGAGCAACAGGAUACUGCCAGUAUAGUUCUGGCAUUGAGAACGCUUGGGACAUUCCAUUUUGUGGGGCAACACAGCUUAUUAACCUUCGUCCGACGAUGCGCCGAUCAUUUCUUACAGAGCGAUCAACAAGAAAUCAGAGUAGAAGCAGUAAAAACCGCAGCAAAAUUACUAGCCGAUGCCACAGUUAGAACUAUGAAAACACCAUCUAGAACUCUUACCAUGCUAACUGCUGAAGUUGUGGGCAAAAUGCUGGUUGUAUCCGUCACAGAUCCAGAUUACGAAGUACGAUACUGGGUUUUAGAAUCCCUGACGAAAAUCUUCGACACCCAUUUGGCACAGAUUGAAAAUUUAAGUUUCCUUUUCAUUGCAAUGAAUGAUGAACACUUAGAGAUUCGGGAACUAGCCAUUUGUACUAUUGGUCGUUUGAGUUCAGUCAAUCCCGCAUAUGUGAUGCCUGGGCUUCGUAAGACUUUAAUACAGUUCCUAACUGAACUUGAACAUUCUGGAAUGGGCAGAAAUAAAGAACAGGCAGCUAGGAUGUUAGAUAAUCUCAUUUUACACGCUCCAAAACUUGUUAAACCCUACAUGGAAACUAUCCUCAAUGUCCUUGUUCCUAAAUUAAAGGAACCUGAUUUAAAUCCUGGGGUAGUAAUCAGCGUUUUGAAAGCUGUAGGAGACUUGGCUGAUGUCCAUGGAGACAAUACUGGUUUAAAAAAAUGUCUGCCAGAAUUAUUAUCAAUUCUCCUGGAUUUACUAUCCGAUGCUUCUGCUACAGAGAAAAGAAGUGUUGCUUUAUGGGCGUUCGGUCAGCUAAUUAGUGCGACGGGCUACGUCGUUACACCAUACACUGAAUACCCGAACUUAAUGGAUGUUUUACUAAACUUCUUGAAAACGGAGCAGCAACCCAAAGACAGGCGAGAAACGAUUCGUGUUUUAGGACUUUUGGGCGCCUUAGAUCCUUACAAACAUAAGGUGACUAGAGGAUUAAUCGAUGGCCAGCCUGAUUCGAGCUUAGUGCCAGUCGCUGAUAGCAAGGCAGAGGAAAACAACUUCGAUAUGACCACAAGUGAAAUGCUUGUGAACAUGUCUUCACCUGUGCUCGAUGAGUAUUAUCCGGCGAUUGUGAUCUCGACUCUAAUGCGCAUUCUACGCGACCCGACAUUGCAGCAGCAUCAUAAAAAUGUCGUAGAAGCCGUAACGGCUAUAUUCCAGUCCCUUGGCAUUAAAUGCGUGCCCUACAUAUCACGCGUAACUCCGAGUCUACUCUACGUGGCCCGAGCGACCGAAAAUAAUAACAACUUCAGAGAAUUUCUCUUUACACAACUAGCCAAACUUAUUGCAAUCGUGAAGCACCACAUCCGGAACUAUUUGGAUAAAAUUUUCGAACUGAUCAAGGAGUUUUGGACUCCAAACAGUCCAUUGCAACCGACGUUAAUAUUACUGGUCGAACAUAUUGCCUGGGCUCUCGGAUCUGAAUUUAAAGUAUACUUGCCUCAAUUAAUGCCGCAAAUAUUACGCGUCCUCGCUCACGAUACGAGUAAAGACAGAUUUGUUACUGAGAAGCUACUUUAUGCUUUACAAAAGUUUGAGGAUAACCUUGAUGACUACAUGCAUUUGGUGAUUCCAUCGAUAGUCAAGUUGUUUGAUGCAUCGGACUGCCCUAUACCGGUAGCAAAAGUUGCAAUGGAAACAGUUGAUUGUCUUUCAGACUCUUUGAAUUACAGCGAACUUGUAUCCAGAAUAAUUCAUCCUCUCGUAAGAAGUUUGGACACAUGUGCCCCUCUUCGUACGACAGCUAUGGACACAUUAUGCGCUCUGAUCAUUCAACUGGGUCGGAAAUAUAAUGACUUUAUACCCCUAGUUCAGAAAGUCAUAAUAAAACACAGGAUUCAGCAUCACAAUUACGAAUUGAUGCUUUCAAAGUUGCAGUCCAAUACAACAUUAUCUGUGGACGAUUUCUUGCAGAGCACAAGACGAAGACCUAGGAAUAACAACCAAGAGACACGCAUAGUAGCGUGCGACCCGUCCCAUUCGAGUCGCAAGCUUUACGUGAACGCGCACAGCCUAAAAGUUGCGUGGACAGUGAGCAGUCGGGUGUCCAAGGACGAUUGGCUUGAAUGGCUGCGACCUUUCAGCAUUGGGCUGAUUACUGAAUCUCCCAGCCCUGCUUUGAGAGCGUGUCGAACUCUCGCACACAAUUAUUCCCAGUUGCUACGCGAUCUAUUCAAUGCAGCUUUCGUCUCUUGCUGGACGGAGCUCGAUAGCACUUCACGUACAGAACUCUCCAAUGCUUUAGAGCAGGCCUUGACAGCUCCCGAUGCCCCCGAACUCGCUCACACGGUACUGAACCUCGCGGAGUUCAUGGAGCAUUGUGAAGGAGGGGCCUUACCAAUCUCUACACAGCUUCUUGGUGAAAGAGCCAUGCACUGCAGGGCAUAUGCUAAAGCACUUCAUUAUAAGGAGGAAGAAUUCCGUAAUGGGGCGACCUCUCAAGUAGUAGAGGCUUUAAUACACAUCAAUAACAAGUUGCAGCAAAAAGAGGCUGCCGAAGGAUUACUUGAGCGGGUGAUGGCUCAACGGGAAGCCGGCGAUACUAACCUCAAAGUUCAAAUAAGGUGGUACGAAAAAUUGCACAAUUGGGAAAAGGCAUUAAAUCUUUAUGGCGCAAAAUUAGUUGGGGACGAUGAUAAUAUGGAGGCCUAUCUGGGUGAAAUGCGCUGUUACGAAGCUUUAGGAGAGUGGACGGAGUUGUAUAAUACGGUGUCCAAGCGUUGGACGAGAAUGUGCGAUGAGGAAAAAUUCAAAGCCGCCAGACUGGCCGCCGCUGCCGCUUGGGGGUUGAACGAAUGGGAUUCUAUGGUUAAAUAUGUGAACUUCUUACCGGACAAUACGCAAGACGGUGCUUUCUAUAGAGCCGUUCUAAAUAUUCACAACGAAGAUUACAGUUUAUCGAAAUUAUAUAUCGAUCAAGCUAGAACGCUACUGGACUCGGAAUUGACGGCAAUGGCCGGCGAAAGCUAUCAAAGGGCUUAUGGAGCUUUAGUGAAUGCUCAAUUGCUCGCUGAAUUAGAGGAAGUGAUUACGUACAAGUUGGUUCCAGAAAGGAGGGAAUCGAUAAAACAAGCUUGGUGGACAAGACUUCAAGGUGGCCAGAGAUUGGUAGAGGAUUGGCGCAAAAUUUUGCAAGUUCGAGGUUUAGUUUUGACGCCUCAAGAAGAUAUGGCGACGUGGCUAAAGUUUGCCUCACUAUGCAGGAAGAGUGGGGCACCGCGACAAGCGCAUAAGACGCUAGUCAUGCUUCUCGGAAUGGAUCCUAAUGCGAAUCGGGACAAACCCCUUCCGACUCAAAGACCCAGGCUCACCCUCGCAUACGCCAAACAUCUAUGGGUCGCUGGAGACAAACAACUAGCAUACGACCAGCUUCAACGUUACGUCGAUACAGUAGAGACGGGAGAUGCAGAACAUUGCAGGCUUGUCGCUCGCUGUCAUUUAAAGCUGGGAUCUUGGUGUGAAUCUUUACUAGGCAUUAAUCAACAGUCCAUUCCAGAAAUAUUACGAAACUACUCAGCUGCCACUAACUUAGCAUCCGAUUGGUACAAAGCCUGGCAUGCGUGGGCUUAUAUGAACUUUGAAACGGUUCUCUUUUACAAGCAUCAGGAAGUCGAUACGUCUAAUCCUGAAGAGGCCAAACCCGUUACCGAGUACAUUCAAACGCACACUGUGCCUGCAGUUGAAGGAUUUUUCAAAUCGAUAAACUUAUCCCAGGGCAGUUCUUUGCAAGAUACCUUGAGAUUGCUCACACUGUGGUUCGAUUACGGACACCAUCCCGCCGUUCAUGAAGCUUUAGUUGAAGGGAUAAGGACUAUAGAAAUUAAUGUGUGGCUUCAAGUCAUACCUCAGCUUAUCGCUAGAAUUGACACCCCGAGAGCUUUAGUUGGAAAGCUUAUUCACUCCCUGCUCAUUGAUAUAGGCAAAUCGCAUCCUCAAGCUUUAGUCUAUCCCUUGACAGUGGCGUCAAAAUCAUCCUUUGUUGAUCGUAAGAAUGCCGCGAAUCAAAUUCUGAAGUCGAUGUGUACCCAUUCGAUUAAUUUAGUCAACCAAGCGGCCAUGAUAUCUGAGGAGCUCAUCCGAGUCGCUAUAUUAUGGCACGAGCAAUGGCAUGAGGCUUUGGAAGAAGCUUCUAGAUUGUAUUUCAGUGAGCACGAUGUUAAGGCUAUGUUUAAAACUUUGGAGCCAUUGCACGCGAUGUUAGAAAGGGGCCCGAAGACAUCAAAGGAAGCAUCGUUCAGUCAAGCGUAUGGGAGAGAUCUGAACGAAGCGCAAGAAUGGUGUAACCGAUUUAAGGAGUCAGGAUUGGUCCGCGACCUAAACCAAGCGUGGGACUUGUAUUACCACGUGUUCCGGCGCAUAAGUCGCCAACUUUCACAACUGGCAUCUUUAGAACUGCAGUUCGUGAGCCCUCGACUGCUCAACUGCCGAGACUUGGAGUUAGCAGUCCCCGGCUCGUACGUGCCGGAUCAGGACCUCAUCCGAAUCGCGCAUAUACAGAGCAGCUUACAGGUGAUAUCAUCGAAGCAACGCCCGCGUCGCCUUUGCAUCAGAGGUUCCAACGGCAAAGAUUACAUGUUCCUUCUCAAGGGCCACGAGGACUUGCGUCAGGAUGAGCGAGUGAUGCAACUCUUCGGCCUAGUCAACACCCUGCUUCAAGCCGAUCCGGACACUUUCAGACGAGAUUUGGCCAUACAAAGAUACGCAGUAAUACCUCUGUCAACUAACUCGGGUCUGAUUGGCUGGGUGCCUCACUGUGACACAUUGCACUCGUUGAUAAAGGAUUAUAGAGAGAAGAGGAAGAUUCUGCUCAAUAUUGAGCAUAGGAUUAUGCAACGGAUGGCAUCUGAUUUGGAGAAGCUUAUGUUGAUGCAAAAGGUGGAAGUGUUCGAGCAUGCUCUGGAGCAUACAGCUGGGGAUGACCUUGCCAAACUACUGUGGCUUAAAAGCCCUUCUUCAGAGGUCUGGUUCGAGCGGCGCACAAACUACACCCGUUCUCUCGCAGUCAUGAGCAUGGUGGGCUACAUCCUGGGGCUGGGCGACCGGCACCCCUCGAAUAUCAUGCUCGAUAGAGUCACGGGCAAGUUCCUGCAUAUAGACUUCGGAGAUUGCUUCGAAGUAGCCGUUACUAGGGACAAGUUUCCCGAGAAGAUACCGUUCCGGUUGACGCGUAUGCUGAUUAAUGCUAUGGAGGUAACCGGCAUCGAAGGUAUAUACCGUCGCACUUGCGAAUCCGUAAUGGAGGUCCUCCACCGCCAUAAAGACAGCGUCAUGGCCGUACUCGAAGCUUUCGUAUACGACCCAUUAUUGAACUGGAGGCUCAUAGACGCGGCCCGACGCUCUAGAAAUGACGCCGACGCUUCUUCAUCAGAUGCCGCGUCUCCGCAACCCAGCCGAAGUCGAGCUCUACCAUUGAACGACGUCGACCAACCCGCCGAGACAAAUCUAAACAAACGGGCUUUAGCUAUCGUGAAUCGAGUCAGGGAUAAGUUAACUGGACGGGAUUUCACGCAUAUAGACGACGCGAGCGUUUCCGUACAGAAGCAAGUUGAUUUGUUGAUACAGCAAGCGACUAGUAAUGAAAAUCUUUGCCAGUGCUAUGUCGGGUGGUGUCCGUUUUGGUAGAUUGAAGCUUCAUUACACAACGUCAAGUAUUUUGGUUGUCAAACUGAUACUUACCACUUUUAUAAGUUACGCCGAUAUACCUGCGCAGAAAUCUUAUUUUCGAAUGGCGCAAAAAUAUCUUGACCAACCAUAGCUCAUGUCCAUUCGCUAUUGGUUGUUGUCUACGGCCAUGUUUUGUACGCGCGAAAUGUGAGCGAGAUAGAAUUGUGUUUAAAAUCUCAACGUCUAGCGAUAAGGUUUGUAUAGGUACAGGUAUACAUUAGUUUUAGUCAGUUCAGUGUGGUUACGCUUUUCUAUGCAAAACCUACUGACUUAUAAGAAUGGUAGUACUGAAGAUGCUUGAAGUGUAUAUAAAAUGUAUUCAAUAUAUUCUGAUAAUAUGAAUAUUAUCAAUCAUUCACGUAAGAACACCGAGCGUGCAAUAACUUAAAAUUAAAAACCUUAUGUUCAUGACAUAAAAUUAAUGCAUAUUUCUUGUGAGUUGGUCUGCUUAGAACUGCUUAACUCAAAAUUUCAUCAUCUUUAGCUGAAGUUAAGGUUGCAAAACGUUCAAUUAGGUAUUAUAUAUUGCUUUUAGGUAUUUGUACCUAAACAUAUUUUUUUCAACAGCAAAAGCUGAUACUUAUAUCAUCAUACUAAUAUAAAUAUUGUAUACAGUCUUGGCAUUUAAAAAUAUAAUAAAUGUGAAUUAAAU